AUGGAGCAAGAGCAGCGCCUUCUCGAGGUCUGCAGAACCCUAGAUGUUAAUUUUAACCGUCUCAUAGAGCUGCCUAGAGGCGAGCAGGAAUUUGAGUGGAUUGCCUAUCACAUGUCAUUAUUCUUUAAGCACACCAAGCGGCUGUCUGCCAUUACCUCAUCCUUCUGUACAUCCAAUACAUGCCCAUCCAUGUCUAUUUCUGAAACUCAAGACGUGAUUGUAUGUGUCGUUGAGACAGACGAGGGAAAUUGCGAUGAUCUAGAUAGCAGUGACAUGGCUUCACCUGCCCACAAAAAUGGGCGCAGCAUGUCUGCCCUUGAAUACACAAACUCCGUACUAUCAUGGUACAUCAACAAGCUGAGAGACCCGGAGCUUUUUCCCGUCGAUUCUGCAAACCAGUACCCCGAAGAUUUCAAGAAUAGAUGUCGCCACAUGCUACGCCGCCUUCUACACAUUUACUUCCAUGUGUACUUCAACCACUUUGGGAUAGUUUUCAGGCAUUUCCUCUUGUACUAUAACACUUCCUUUCGCUAUAUGGUGGAAUUUGGAGUACGCUAUGACAUCUUACGUGAUGCAGACCUGCUUCCUAUGGCCGCGGCUAUUAACCACUGGAAAUCUAUGGCCUGA